CGCAUACGAGACGCCGCGUAUAUAAUCCACCGGCGGCGGACAGCGGAAUUCAGUCAGCUCGUCAACACAACCGCCUAACUGCCAUCGUACAACGAUGAAGGUGUUCGUCAGCAUCAUCCUCUUGGCCACCGCGGUCUUCGCCGAGCCACCGAGGUACCGUCAGCAAAAUCAGCAACAGAGACAAUAUUACUUCGCUCAGCAGCAGGAGGCCGCACCUUAUCCCGCGUCCGGCUGGAAACCAGCGGGACCCGCCUUUGAUCUUCCCCAGAGACAAUUUCAACAACAACAAUACGAAGCGUCUCAGCAACAGUACGCAGCGCCAAGCGCGCCUCAACAACAAUAUGGAGCUCCAAGCGCGUCUCGUCAGCAAUACGGAGCGCCAACCGCUCCUCAGCAACAAUACGGAGCACCAAACGCGCCUCGGCAACAAUACGGAACGCCAAACGUACCUCAGCAACAAUACGGAGCACCAAACGCGCCUAGGCAGCAAUACGGAGCACCAUCCGAUCCUCAGCGAGAAUACGGAGAACCGGAAGAGUCCACCACGACUGAGACUCCUAACACCACCGAAGAGGAAGAAGUAUCUACUGUCCAAGGCAUCACUGAAUCUGAGUCCGAGCCCGUGAAUGCAGUGAACGAGCUCGAGGACGACGAUGUGGACGAGAAGCAGCCCCAGCAAACUGGAGAAUACUACGUGGCACUUCCCGACGGUCGUCUCCAGCGCGUGCGGUACAUCAGCCGUCAGGAUGUCGAGGCCAUGAAGUACUUCGCCAAGAUACGCGCCGAGAACGUGGAGCCUCUUCGCGGUCCGGUCUACGCUUACGCACCCCUGCAGAAGCUGCAGAUCGUGCCGGCCGGCCUGCAAUUGUCCGCCGCUCCGGUCGCGUCCACGGACGCCAAGCCGCAGAAACUCGAGAUCGAGCCGGUUGCCGCGCAAGUGCAAUACCAGUACGACAACCCCUCGCGCGUGGUGCCCUUGGUCAACCCUCUGAGCACCACCUACACCGCCUACACAGCAAACUAUCAGGAACCGGCAGCCGACUCCAGAUUCCUUCUCACCUUCCAGUGAAUCAAACACGAUCACAACCAGGAUACCACGACGACCCUUGUAAAUUGCAUUGUACACGUUACAUAUGUAAAUUACUAAAUAUGCACUGACAAUUAGGUUAAGCUGACAACGCAAUAAAGUUGAUGGUAACGAAA